AGAACAAGACGUGUCAUGGUAGUAUUUGGCAAUGUGCAAUUCUGUGGUGGGUAUACGCGUGUGGACUCCUCUCAUCCCUACCUCCCACAUCCUCAUGCACAGUUAGUAGCACAAUCCAGCAUAGACAAGACACACACAAUGGCUGCAGGACCCGUUGAUAAUAUAAUACUUCUGGCUGACUGUUAUAAGUCGUCACACUACAAGGUCUACCCGCCUGGUACUACAAAACUCUACGCUUACUUUGAGUCCAGAGGCGGCAAGUUCCCCUACACGGUGUUCUUCGGGCUGCAGUACAUCCUGAAGCAAUGGUUGUGUGGUCCUGUGGUGACCCGGGCCAUGGUGGACGAGGCUAAACAGAUCAUCAACACUGUCUUCAAGAGGAACGAUGUCUUCAACGAGGAAGGCUGGAACUACCUGCUGGAGCAUCACGGAGGUCGUCUGCCGCUGAGGGUGAAGGCGGUGCCUGAAGGUAGCGUGGUCCCCACCAGGAACGUGCUCUUCACCGUGGAGAACACCGACCCCGCCCUCCCUUGGGUCACCAACUUCUUCGAGACGCUGCUGGUCCAGACGUGGUACCCCAUGACGGUAGCCACCAACUCCCGCGUCUACAAGCAGAUCAUCCACCACUACAUGAACCUCACCCACGACAACACCCACACCGUCGAAUACUCCCUUCACGACGCUGGGUACCGCGGGGUGUCCUCCGUAGAGUCAGCUGCUCUGGGUGGCGCCGCUCACAUGAUUAACUUCAAGUCGUCGGACACCGUGGCGGGAACCUCCCUACUGAGGAAGUACUACCACCUAGAGACCGUGGCUGGCUUCUCCUCACCUUCGUCAGAGCACUCCACCGUUACUACCUGGGGCAAGACCAGGGAAUUAGAAGCACAUAGGCAUAUGCUAUCCACAUAUUCUGAAGGAGACGUGGGGUGUGUGUGUGACUCGUACAACAUCUGGCAGUGCCUGGAGGAGCAUUGGUGUGAGGAUCUGCGAGACCUGGUGCUGGAGCGAGGCAGGAAGGGCGGCUGUAUCUACCUCAGACCCGACAGUGGCGACCCCAAGGAGGUCGUCCUCAAGAGCCUUGAGAUCCUGGGUAAGGCGUACGGGACAGAGACCAACUCGAAGGGGUACAAGUUGCUGCCUCCCUACCUCAGAGUCAUCCACGCCGACGGCAUCAACCACAAAGCGCUCUGGUCCAUCCUGGAGCACCUCAAGAACCACGGCUGGAGCACCGCCAGCGCUUACUUUGGGGCCGGGGCCGCCCUGCUCCAGAGGCUUGACCGAGACACACAGAGGUGUGCCUACAAAGUGAGCUUCGCGGAGGUGGAGGGUGAGGGUGUGGAGGUGUAUAAAGAGCCUGUCACUGACUCCGGCAAGACUAGCAAGCGAGGCCGCCUCACCCUCCAGUGUGAAGACGGCGUCUACACCACCGUCCAGAGUGGCAAGGGCGACCCAGCCAAGGACCAACUGGUAACUGUCUUUGAGAAUGGUGAGCUGCUGCGGGACUACACCUUCAGGGAGGUCCAGGACAGGGCCGAUAUCACCUUCGACGACUUCGACAUCAUAAAGUUCCUGAAGGAGGACACUGACUAACUUCACCUUCAGCUCUCCCAGGUCCUCCUUACCUGACGCUCCCACAAACUCAGGUUUUUUUUUU